AUGGCUCCAAUCCCCACGUACCUCAGCCCGGCCGCGGUCCUGGUCCUGGUCAGCUGCGACCUGUGCCUUGUGCGCGCAAAUCGGCCCCCGUCACCUGUCAACGUGACCGUCACACAGCUCAAGGCAAACUCGGCCAUGGUCUCCUGGGAUGUGCCAGAAGGAGAUGUCAUAAUUGGCUAUGCCAUUUCACAGCAGCGACAAGAUGGACAAAUGCAACGAUUCAUCCGGGAGGUGAACACCACAAACAGGGCCUGUGUGCUCUGGGAUCUGGCAGAGGAUGCAGACUACAUCAUUCAAGUCCAGAGCAUUGGCCUCCACGGAGAAAGCCAGGCUAGCAAGAGAGUCCAUUUUCGCACACUAAAGCAAAGUGACCGACUUCCAUCCAACAGCUCUAACCAAGGGGACAUCACAAUGGAGGGGCUGGAUAAAGAACGGCAGCUGCAGACCGGGGAGAUUAUCAUCAUUGUGGUUGUGCUGCUUAUGUGGGCAGCUGUAAUCGCACUCUUCUGCAAGCAAUACGACAUCAUUAAGGACAAUGAUUCCAACAAUAAUAAAGAGAAGACCAAGCCUUCCUCAGAACACAGCACUCCAGAGCGGCCCACGGGGGGGCUACUACGUAGCAAGAAGAAAUCACCAUCCAUCAAUAUCAUUGAAGUAUAG